AUGAGGCUCGGAACCCCAGAGUUUCUCGCUUCUCCACAGUUCCUUGUCACUGGGGCAGACGACCGGGGUGUUACUUCCGAGAAGACGGGUCUUGGACGCGGAUGUCGACGUAGCGACAUGUCGGAGGCCAUCAGGAUUUUGCACGCCAUGCGACGACAAGUAUUGACACCAUGCGACGCCUUUGGCAUGCUCCGGCAUACAAAAUGGGGACGGGAGACUCCAGUGGGGACUCCAUGUGGCGUUCAGGCCCCAUGGGACGCGAGACGAGGCAUAACAGAGUCGUGGAGACGGCAAAUGCGCCCGAGUCAUCGCGUGGGCUCGCAAGCGCUACUUUGCCGACAAGAAGCGACUGCCAGUCGAUACUCCCAAGCUCAUGCGAUGUCGCCGUUGGUGGGUCCCAUACACUCUCCACACUUCUCCAGAGAAGUCGCGCCUUCGGAAUCGUCGGCUUUAGAUUCGGAACGCAUCGAACAGCAGAGGAAUUCAUAA